CAGAGGUACAUUUAUUCUGUCUGAUGUUUUUCCACAGAUGGCAUCAGCUUUUCACUUGGUUUUUCUCCUCUGUUUGAGCAGCGGACUGUUGGUUUCAGGAUCUUCGUCCGUCAGAACUAAACGCUGGGUGGGAGGCUGUCCUUCUGGUUGGACUCGCUACGGCCAGCGCUGUUUCUUCGUUGACACCAGACACCUGACCAUGGCUGAAGCAGAGCUCUCCUGUAUUAGUCACGGUGGGAACCUUGCCUCAAUCCACAGCUCCUGGGAAAACUUGUGCAUUAGACAUCUGAUUUACCAGACGUGCCGCGCAUAUGUGACUGCCUGGAUUGGGCUCUUUGACGCGAUACAGGAGGGGAAGUGGAUGUGGACUGAUGGUUCCAGGGUUGCCUACACCAGCUGGGGCAGCGGGGAGCCUAACAACGUGGGCCACGGAGGAGAACACUGCACGGAGAUUAACUGGGGAGGGUCGCACUACUGGAAUGACAUCCCAUGCCACUUUAGGAAACCUUUUGUUUGUGCCAGAAAACUCUGAUGUAUCCCACCACCCACUGUCAUACGUGUGCCAUUAUUUCCUCUUUGAUGUCACAGUGCGAUAAUAGAUGAUUCACUUCUAAUUUACUGCUUCCAAAUCAAAGUCUUCCACCUCAGUGUCACUCCCCUGAUUAUUCAUUCUUAGUUGUGUGAAUCCUGACACCACAGGAAAGUGUCUCACUAAACUGACUGAACUGUAAUCUGAGAAACAUGAUUGAUUUAUGAUUUUUUUUUUUCAUUUAUUGUCAUAUAUUAACACAAUGUAAUAAGGGUGAAUAAUCUGAAAAAUGAAUUACAAUGGAAUAAAAAUAAUGUG